GAACCAGAGCAACCACAACAGUUUCAGCUGAGCUCCUGAACUAUAAAAGGAGAUUUAGCAGCAGUUGUGGAAACAUUCGCUCCAGCAGAGAGUCCAUCAUGAGGUCUCUGGUGUUUCUGCUCUUGGUAACUUUGGCCAGCGCUAAAGUCUACCAGCGUUGUGAAUGGGCCAGAGUCAUGAGGGAUAAUGGGCUGGACGGCUUCCACGGUUACAGCCUGGCAAACUGGGUUUGUCUGUCCAAGUGGGAGUCAGGCUACAACACCAGAGCCAUCAACCACAACACUGAUGGAUCCACUGACUUCGGCAUCUUCCAGAUCAACAGCCGCUGGUGGUGCAAUGACGGCAUCAUCCAUUCAUCAAAUGCAUGCCACAUCCAGUGCAGCCAGCUUCUGACUGAUGAUGUCAGUGUGGCGAUCAACUGUGCCAAACGUGUCGUUCAGGAUCCCAACGGCAUGAAAGCCUGGGUGGCCUGGCGGCGUCACUGCGAGAACCGUGACGUGAGUGCCUAUGUGGCAGAUUGUGGCCUUUAAUCAACACAAUGGAAACAGGACAGUGUCAUCGGCAUAAUAAAAUUCUCCCAUUUUAAGAUGAAGGGGAUUAAAAGGUUCCUGCUGUUUCUGUGUGAUGUGACAGGAGUUUAACAGUUACUACUAAACAAAAAGACCUUAAGUCAUAGUAAA